CCGUGGCGGUUGCGGUGAUCUUUCAGACCUGCAUGCAUAAACAUCCAGAAUGGGAUUUGAAAACCUCCGAGAGGACAGGGACCGACGGUUCGACCUCCUCAGAUCAACCGCUUGCUGUUUCGCCACCGUUGCUGGGGUGACGUCCCCGUUAAAGUUCCUUGUAAUUUUACAUUGGCCGAUGUAAAUUUCCCCGCCCCCCCCCCCCCGAUCAAUGGGCCGAGCUUUGAACCCUGGGCGCGCUGCCCUGUUUGCAGUCGCUUUCUGCCUCCGCGUCGGCCUUGUCUUCUAUGGGCUGCACCAGGACCGCUCCAUGCCGGUCAAAUACACCGAUGUGGAUUAUCAUGUCUUCACAGACGCCGCCAGGUUUGUCACUCAGGGAGAUUCUCCUUACAGAAGAGCAACCUAUCGUUACACCCCAUUAUUGGCAUGGAUGCUGACUCCCAACAUCAACCUCACAGAGCUGUAUGGGAAAAUCCUCUUCAUUAUAUGUGAUAUUCUUGCUGCUCAUUUCAUGCAUAGAAUCCUAAGCCUUCGAGGAUUUGACAACCGGAAAGCAUGCUGGUACUGCAGUCUAUGGCUUUUCAACCCGUUGCCAAUGAUUGUCUCAAGCAGAGGGAAUGCAGAAGCCAUUCUUGCAGGCUUGGUGAUGGUGACUUUGUACUACCUGGAAAGUAGGCAGAUUGUGAAGGCUGCAUUAUUCUAUGGGCUUUCUGUGCAUAUGAAAAUUUACCCAGUGACUUAUGCUGUACCCAUAGUCUUAUCACUUCAGACUGAUCAGCAAGCAAUGGAGGAAAAUAAUUUGACUAAAUGGAAUGAAGGCUACCUUAAAAAAGGCACAUGUUUUCACAAUUGUAUAAGGAACUUUCUGAAGCUGGUUGUCAGACUGCUAAACCAGGAAGUGCUGCUAUUCAUUUCUAUUGCAGGACUGCUAUUUUUUGGUCUGGGAGUACUUUUCUAUUGCAGAUAUGGCUGGGAGUUUCUGGAUCACACGUACCAUUAUCACUUAACACGACGAGACAUUCGCCACAACUUCUCGCCCUACUUCUACAUGUUGUAUUUGACGGCAGAGAGUGAGUGGAGCUGUGGCCUGGCUCUAGCUGCUUUCAUCCCACAGUCUCUGCUGCUCCUUGUCACAUCUUUUGCAUAUUACAAGGACCUGACCUUUUGCUGCUUCUUGCAAACUGCGAUUUUUGUCACUUUCAACAAAGUGUGUACUUCACAGUAUUUCCUGUGGUAUUUGUGUCUGCUCCCAGUGGUUCUUCCAAAUCUGGCGCUGACCUGGAGAAGAGGCAUGGUGUUGUUGGUUUUGUGGUUCAUCGGUCAGGGAUUAUGGCUCACCCCUGCAUAUUACCUGGAAUUUGAAGGACAGAACACCUUUCUGUUUAUUUGGUUGGCUGGUUUGGUAUUUCUCUCCAUCAACUGCUACAUUCUGUUGGUAUUGAUCUCAAGCUACAAGGAAAGGGAAUUGCAGCCAAAAACAAAGACUGAAUAACAGAAGUGCUUCUAUGUACAGAAUGUUGCUGUAGAUUCUGAUCUGUUAUGAUCUCUAUGAGGCAAGUUGACUCGGAUUAAUUGAUCAAGGCAUUAUCGUGGAGAAUGCACCAGGACCUUUUCUUGCCGUGAGCUUUGUUGAGCAAAAAGAAAGACACAAUAUCUGAACAUGCUGUAUGAAUCAGUGUAGCAUGUAGCAAGUAAAAGUGAGCUAUGUUGCAAAUCUGAUUAACGACCUUAAUUUGGGUGUUUGUGUGAUUCUUCAGCAGUUUUUGAAGGAUGAGUUCUGCUAAUUGAUGUAAACUCUUAAGACCUUUUCAAACAAUCUUGAAAUUACAAAUUCCGCAGACAACUUAAUGUUUCACUUGCACAAAGGAACAUAUUUUGUAAAUGAAGUAGUUAUCCACUUGUGGGAAAUAGACUGCAACAUAUUGCAGACGCCCUGCUUCUAAGGAUAUCAAGGGAAAUACAAUCAUAAAUCUUUUUGUUUAGGAACGGUAAUCUUUGACCCAGAGUACUACUGUAAAGAACAUUUAUAAUUUUUAAGUUGUAUGUGGAAUGUGUAAUUGUUUUUUAAAAAUGUACAUAAAGGACUUAAAUGUUUGCAUUAAUUAGCAAGAUUUACCCUUUGAAAAUUGUAUGGUCAGUAUUACACUGCUUUUUAAAAUUCAGUUACGGGAUGAAGGCAUUACUGGCUAGGCCACCUUUCAUUGCCCAUCCCUAAUUAUCCAGAAGGCUGUUAAGAGUUAAGCAUGUUGCUGUGGGUGUGGAGUCGCACGUAGGCCAGACCUGGUAAGGAUGGCAGUUUCCUUCCCUAAAUGAAAUUAGUGAACCAGAUGGGCUUUUCCGACAACCAGCUUUGUGGCCAUCAUUUGACUGUUAAUUCCAGAUUUUUAUUGAAUUCAAAUUCCACCAUCAUGGGAAACCCUAAACACUUUCCCUGCCAAUUUCAAUCUGUGCUAGAAGCUCAUUUGUCUUGUAUAGGAUAUUGCCUGCAUUUAAGUACAAAACUCAGUCCUACAUAAACUGCCUCUUCCUCGGCUGUACCUGAAGUUACAUUACUGGCCCCUUCCAGACUGCGUCUUACUACUUGUUCUGGAAACUUAAAUAACCUCCACUGAUUUCCCCCCACCCCGUCUUACCACUUCCAUAACUUUUCAAGCGACUGAACCCACCCCACUGUUUAGCUUAAACCAUUUAGGACUGAGGAGAAGAAAAUUCUUCCCCCAGAGUGGUGAGUCUGUGGAAUUCUCAACCACAGAAAGCAGUUAAGAUCGAAACACUAUCAUUUGAACAAGGAGUUAGAUAGCCUAGAUAGAAUGGACGUAGAGAAGAUUUUCCACUAGUAGGAGAGACUAAUACUGGAGGCCAAAGCCUCAGACUGAAAGGAUGACCUUUUAGAACUGAGAUGAGGCAUUUCUUCAGCCAGAGCCUGGUGAAUCUGUAGAAUUCUUUGCUGCAGAAGGCUGUGGAGGCCAAGUCAUUGAGUGUAUUUAAGACAGAUAUCGGAGUAAUCAGGAAAAUGGGGUUGAGAAACACAUCAGCUGCAAUUCAUACAUGAUGGGCUGAAUGGCUUAAUUCUGCUCCUAUAGAUUACAGUCUAUACCCAUUGGUCAUCCACAACAUCCUACUUCAACCCUGUCUCAUCCUGUUAGAGUUUUAUAUGUUUCUAUGAGAUUCUACCUUUUUUUUGAAAUCCAGUGAAUCUCGUCCCAACUGAUUCAACCUCUUCUCAUAUGUCAGUCUCUGCAUACCCUCUGUAGCAAGGACAUCCUUCUUCAGCUAAGAUCCAAUCUGCACACAAAAUACCAGGCAUGGUCUCACCAAAGCCCUGUGUCAUCACACCAAGACAUCCUGGCUCCUGUACUCAUAUCCUCUCACUAUGAUGGCCAACAUACCAGUUAUCAUCUUCACCAAGUGCUGCACCUGCAUGCUUACUUUAUGACUAGUGUACAAGGUCACCCAUGUCUUGUUGCUGUUUUGAUAAUCUGCAUCUCUAUUUCUUUUCCUCCUAAACUGGAUAAUUUCACAUUUAUCUGUAUUUGCCAUAUUUGCAAAUUCAGCUUGUUCAGAUCAGUGAAGCAUCUCUCCCUCCUUACCCUUCCAUGUAGCUUUGUGUCAUCUGCAAAUUUGAAGAUAUUACAUUGAGUUUCCUCAUCCAAAUCAAUGUUGUGAAUGGUGGAGUCCUAGCACUGUUCCUGCCAGUACCCUACUAUUUACUGUCUGUCAUUGAGAAAACCAUGUAUUUAUUCCUACUUGUUGUUUUCUGUCUGCCAAUCCAUUUGUGAUCCAUCUUCAUACACUACAUUCCCCCUCACCCCAACCCUAUGUACUUUAAUUUUACAUGCUAAUCUCUUGGACUUUCAGAAGACUUUUAACAAGUAAACCAUAUCUAUUGGCUCCCUCUUGCCAACCCCAAAUUACUGCCUUGAAGAAUUCCAGUAUGUUUAUGAAAUAUGCUUUUUGUGAAUCCAUGAUGAUCAUCUGAUCCUGCCAUGGUCAAACACAGCAGCUCAGAACUUUAUUUUAGAUAAUCAACAAUAGCAGUGUCUUGACUGAAGCAUCUUUAGCUGCAUUUUUUAUAGUCAUCCCCCCCAUGAUAGAGUUGGAAAUAAAAUGUUCAUAGGUUGUGUGUCAGUAACAUUUGUGCCUCACAAGGAAAAGGCAGUAACUAUCUCCAACAUGAUGCACUUAUUCUCCAUCUUAAAAAACACUGCGCUGAAUCAGCCACACCAGAGCAACAAAAAACAGGUUAAGAGGCAGGGAAUUCUGAAGUAACACGUCCCUUGCUACAGUCUGUACACCAUCUACAAGACAAGUCAGGAAUAUAAUGUAAUGCUUCAUGCCUGUCUGUAUGAGUGCAACCCUAAGAACAAAGUUCAGUAUCCAAGAUGAAACAGUCCCUUGGUUGUCACUGGUGAAUGGGUUGCCGAAGUGUACCAAAAGUUGCUAAUGAACUGACUCUUUGGAGCUGAGUGGACUUGAUAGAGGUUCAGUAGGAUGAUUCCUAGUAUGGAGAGAUUCUCGCGUGAGCAAAGGCUGAACAGAUUAGGGAUCUCCUGAUUGGAGCUUAAAAGAAUAAGAGAUGAUCUCAUUGAAAGAUAUAGGAUUCUUAAGAGGCUUGCAAAGGUAAACGCUGAGAGGAUGUAUAACCUCAUGGGAAGUGUCUAGGACUAGACAGCACUACUCUGAAUAAAGGAGUACCAAUUUAAGACUGAGAUGACAAGGAAUUUCUUCUGAGAGUCUCUGAAACAGAUAGCCAUGAGGGCAGAGUCAUAUAUAUUUAAGGCUGGGAUUGACAGAAUCUUGGUGAGUAGGGGUAAUCCAGGAUAACAGGGAAAAUGCAGGAACGUGGACAUGAGAAAUGUCAGAUCAGCCAUCCUAUUCUAUGUUAUGGCAGGCCUACUCUUCCUAGGUCUUCUUAUAGAGAUAUAUUAAGUUAUGAGGGGCGUAGAUAACAUAAACAAGUGAUGGGAGGAACAAUGACCAGGGGCAUAAAUUCAAGGUAAGUGGAGGUUUAGAGAUGUGAGGAAAACAUUUUUCAAAAGUGGUGGGAAUCUGGUGCUCACUGCCUGUGUGGUUGGCAGACGCAGAAGCCCACCUAACAUUUAGUUAUGCACUUGUGAUAGCAAAGCAUACAAGGCUAUGGGGGCAAGUGUUGGAAAAUAGGAUUUGAAUAGUUAGAGAUAAUGGGAACUGCAGAUGAUGAAGAUUCCAAGAUAAUAAAAUGUGA